AUUCCAUCCUAUCCUACCUCUGUUCUUCCUGCAUCUUGUCAAUUUCCCUCUCUUAAAAAUGAAUGAAGCCAUCAUAUCCGAUUCUAAUUUGUCCCAUUGCUCUACUCCCACUUCAACUUAUAGCAGUCUCUUUCCUUGCUUAACGGACAACUGGGGCGACUUGCCGUUAAAAGUCGACGACUCUGAAGAUAUGGUCAUAUACAACUUCCUCAGCGAUGCCGUUUGUUCCGGUUGGUCUCCGUUAGAUUUUACGUCCUCCCCUGCCUCUGCAACACCCACGACUGCUGUUAAAACUGAACCGACGGAUGAGGUGGAGCCGGCUAGCUUCGUUCAAGAAGCUGCUUCAAAUAUAGCAUUACUUGAGAGUACUCCUAUUCUCGAAAAUAGAAGCCAGGGUACUGAUUUAUUAAAAAAGCAAAAUCAGAAGGUUUCCAAAGGAAGGCAUUACAGAGGAGUAAGACAGAGGCCGUGGGGUAAGUUCGCUGCUGAGAUAAGGGAUCCGGCUAAAAAUGGUGCCAGAGUAUGGCUCGGGACUUACGAGACGGCGGAGGAAGCUGCUUUGGCUUACGAUAGAGCGGCUUUUAGGAUGCGUGGCUCGAGGGCUCUGCUAAAUUUUCCACACAAGAUUGGGUCAAAUGAGCCUGAACCGGUGAGAAUCACCAGUAAACGCAGUGAGACAGAGAUUGCCGCGUCGGCUAAGCGAAGGAAAAUUAUGGCCGGUGAUGAAGCUAAUGAGUUGGAGCCGGAGAGGGAGGAAAAAAGACACAAUGUUGUGUUUCAUGUGGGACCGAUGCCAGUUGGCGAACAAUUAUUGGUCAAUUAAUUACUUUUAAGUUUGGGUUGUUGACUUGCUGUGCCUUGUUUGGAUGUAUCGCGUGUGAAUACUGAACAGAAUGAGUUUUUUUAGUCGUCGUCGUCGUCGUCGUCGCCAUCAUCAUCAUCUUCUUCUUCUUCUAUGUCAAUGGAUGCAUGCACACUGAGAUAUUGACCAGCAUUAUUGAGAUUAGUCAUAUAUACACAAUCAUGAAGUCAUUAAUUUGAA